CGGCGGGGGCGGCCGGGCCGGGACAGGACGGGACAGGACGGGACAGGACAGGACUGCACAGCACAGCACAGCACAGCACAGCACAGCACACCGGGAGCGGGGCGCUCUUAGGGACGGCGGCCGUGCCCGCGGCGUGGGAGGGAACUGCGCCUCGGAGCCUUCAGGCUGCUGUCCGGCCACCACAGCGCCCGGCCCGUACGGACGCCCCUUCGUGAAGGCGCCGCUCGCCGAACCCCUCAUCGUCCCCCAUGGAAGCGGAGAGCAGCUCCAGCCAGGACUCCCUGGGCAGCCUGACGGCCGGCGAUGUGCUGAUCCGCUCCACGGGGGUCCGCAGGGAGAAGCCCCCGGCCGGCGGCCGCGGCAGGAAAGUGACGGUCGCUGUCCAGAAGCUCCGGGCCGGGGUCUCGCCCUGCCCGGGGGAUGUGGCUGCAGACGGAGCUCCCCGCGCUCCCCCGGCCGCGGUGCCGGCCUGGGCUCCGUGCGGGGCAGGGAUCCCCCGCCUCUCCCCCGGCGCCGCUCCAGGAGUCCUAAGCACCAAGGGAUAUCCAGAAUGUCUGCUUCCAGUCGAAACUUCAGAGCCCAUGUUUUUAUCCCAGAUGGAUUAUCCUGGAGAAGCUGCAGCACAAGAUGAUCCUUCACUGCUGCUGGAAGAUAGCAGAGGACCUGAAGAUGAUGUUUUUAUUUCUCAGUAUGCUACUGGCCAGAAGGAGGCUCUGAGAGCAGUAUUAAUGCAAAAAACUCAAAAUAUUCCUGUUCAUAAGGAGGUGAAGGUACAGCUCUUAGGAAAUGCCCCCACAGAUAAAAGGGAAAGUUUUGGUGGUGACACCAGGUCAGCACCCAGGGAAGUUGACUCUGCAACAACCAUUGCAGCAGCCACUGCUGCUGCCAUUGCUACGACAGCUCCACUUCUCAAGGUUCAAAAUGAUUUGGAAGCAAAAGUCAACUCAGUUUCAGAGCUACUUCAGAAACUGCAGGAGACAGACAGGCAGCUGCAGUGGAUGUCUGAACAGCAAGCAAAUAUGAAGGCUCAGCAUGAGGAGCCCCACUGCCACCAGAGAGUCAGCGAGCUUGAGAAGCAGAUGAAUGCUUUCAUGGUGCAACGGAUUGAGCACUUGGAAAAGCUCCAGGAGCAACAAAUGAAUAUUCAGUCCCAUCUCAUCAGCUCUGCAGUGAGCACACGUGGCCUGCAGCAGGGUCCUGGGCCUGCCUCCGGGCCCCUGACACGACACUCUGAGAAGCCAGAGCACAGAUCACUCACUGAUGAGGCACCUUUGUCUCACAGGGGUUUGUUCCCUACCAGUGCUGCACCUGCCCAAGUAUUCCCUGAAGCAUAUUCAAGCCAUUUUCCAAGUCAUGGGAUUCAUACACAAAAAUCUCCCCUGAAGACACCAGUUCCUCGGAGAUAUGCUCCAGAACCUGUACCCAAAAAUGGGAAAAUCUCAGAGAAAGAAAAUUCUGUAAUGGAAAAGGAAAAUAUUCCCAAACCUACAAGAGAAGAAAUACCACUGAAGCAAAUAGAAUAUUCCAAGGAGACAGCAUUAAGUGGCAAUGAGAGGAGCUGGCAUUCUGAGAGAGACAGGCACAAUGCUUUGCCUGCAGACUCAGUCCCUUCUUUUGAAAGCUACAAUUCAAUUGAGAAAACAGUGCAAAAAGCAGAUGAUUUACUUCAAGAUCUUGGCAAGUUGAGAAGAGAAAUGCAGAACAUUCUGCAGGAAGCAAGUUCAUGGAAAUCUGACGUGAAUGAUCUUACUAAGUCAAAAAAUCCUCCUGUUGCACCUGAUCCUCCUGAACAUCAUCUGCUCAACAAACCAUCCAUCCUUCAAAAUGUCAAAGUGCCAAGGUCUAUACUGAGGGAUGCUGAAAGGAUUUUGAGAGGAGUUCAAAACAAUAAAAAAGUCCUUGAGGAGAAUCUGGAAGCUGUUACUCAUGCAAGAGAUGCCAUGUAUUCUUUCACUAACUCCUUGACUACAAACAGAGAUGUCUUGGAAGAGAUUCGUAUCCGAAGGACUGUGGAUGAGUGGAUCAAGGCAAUCAGCGAGGAAAUUCAGGCUGAAAUGGCAAGAAAUGAUUCCGAACAAGGGAAACAUGAUCAAAAAGCCCCAUGGAUCAAGAGAGCCCAAAACCUCAGGGCUGUGAAGACCAAGAAAGAAAUUAAAGAGAGAACUCAAAACAUCCAAGGAUGCUUGACAAAGAAGCCUUUAUCUGCAGCUAAGGCAUUGCAGAAGCAGGUGGAAGAUAACAAAAGGAAACAGAAGUUUAGAACUUACUUUUCUGAAAAUGUGCAGAGCAGAGAAAGAGGGGCAGAUGGACCUGUAGGUGGAACUGCACUGGUCCAAAACGAAGAUUAUCUGUCCCAAGUUUAUGGGAAGCCCAUUUACCAGGGCCACCGUAGCACGCUUAAAAAAGGACCCUAUCUGAGAUUCAACUCUCCCUCUCCCAAAUCUAAGCUUCCAAGACCCAAGCUGAUAGAGACUGUUAGAGGUACAAAGGUGAAGUCAGCAAGAACCCAGACCUGCUCUCACACACAGAAGGUCAUCAGCAGCCCCAGGAAGAAGCAUCCUGUGUAUGGCCUUGCCCAGCAGAACCAGUACCUCUUCAGUCCCAGCCAAGAUGUCCCUGCUGCCUCUGGUCCCCUGGAAGGGCACCUCAUUCCCAUGGCUAUUCCACUAGGUCAAACCCAAAGCAGCAGCACAUUACUGCAGCCUGCUGGAGUGGUCAUAGAUAAACCACACCCUGUCACAGUUACAACCUCCCUUCCUCAAGUGCCACCAAAGCCUCCAGUCGAGGUAAAAAAACCAAAUAUAGCUGUGAUAGAGAUGAGAUCAGAGAAAAAGGACCCACCUCAGCUCUCUGUGCAGGUGUUACCAAAUGUUGAUAUUGACAGUGUUUCAAGUGCCAGUGGGAGUGUAAAUCAUGUUCUUCCAGGCUCUGAGCCUCUGCUCCCUCCUGUUGAUGCUGUAAUACAGACUCCAGAAGAAAUACACAGUGAAGAGGAAGACACAAAGUUUCCAGGAACGAAUUUCAUUGAUGUUACUGAUGUUAUGCAGGAUCAGGAAGAGGAGAGGGAUGAAAUUCCAGAAUUCCUUGAGCCUCUUCUGGAGCUUAAUGGCCAGUUUAAAGUUGCCUCGCCACAAUACAAUGGUCCUUUGUUUCCUCCAGUGGCUUCUGCCCCUCAGCAGCCUGCUGAUAUUUUGGAUGAACUGAUUCAAAGGAGAGAAACUAUAGAAAACAGGUUGAUAAAUUGGGUGGAACAAGAAAUAAUGGCAAAAAUUAUCAGUGAGAUGUGCCCAGCUCAGAAAGAAACAGUGCCCAGCAUUAGCAGCUCAGAGGGUGAAGACAGUGAAGUUGUAACCCCUGACAUUGUUGAAGUCGCAGGUGGUGGAGGAUUUCAGCUCUUUGUCAAUGCUGGUGUCCCUGUGGACUCAGAAAUGAUAAAUCAUUUUGUAAAUGAAGCUCUCAGUGAAACCAUUGCAACCAUGCUGGGUGACAAUCAGGCUCAGAGAACAGUUCCUGAUGCAAGUGUUCUUCCCAGCACAACCACAGUGAUGGAGGCUCCUGUGCCUACUCCACUGCCAACACCCCAGGCCACACCACCACCAACACCACCUUCAGAAAAAGAAUUGCCUCAGGUCAAAACUCCAGAUUCAUCUCCAUGUCCUACAGAAAUGAGUGGGGAUGUUCGUGAACAUGAAAAAAUUAAAGAAACAGGAGUUGAGGUUGCAGCUGCCACGGGCCGUGUUGUCACUCCUGAGGUCACUCCUGUCACCACACCUCCCACAGCAGCCACACCAAGCCCUCCUGCCUCAGAAUGGGGCUCCCAAGCUGAAAAAAGGGAAAGUCCAAAGCCUCCAAACCCGUGGGAUGGUGCAGAACUUCCUCUGGAAGAAGAGAAACCCAGUCCUGUAAAUGAAGAACUGUUCUGUCCCAGGGCUGUGGAGAUGUCAGUGGCCAAUGAUGAAGAACCAGAGGCCUUGUUUUUACCAUCUCAGCAGCUGCCAGUGAGGCCCUCUGAGCCCCUGCCCUGCAAUCUCCAGGUCCCAUCACCUGUGCCCACGGUCAGCUCCAGGGUGUCCACGGAGGAGAGCAGCCUCACCCCCACAGAGACUGAGACUACAGACAGACCCCUCUCAGAAGGGGAGGUGCUCUUCACCUGUGGACAGCCACUGCCUGCAGGAGCUUUAGCAGAAGGAGGAUUGUCUCUUCCAAACCUCACUGAGAGCUUAUCCAGUACUCUCCGAGAUGCCAAUGAAAUGGAUUAUGAUCCUCCAAGUGAAGGGCAGGUGGUGAGGAGACUGGAUAAAGGCUGUCACAGGGAUCCUGUCCUGACUCUUUUAGCCAAAUUAAAUCAAGCACCUGUUUUUGUACAAGAAGGAAUAGACCACUUGGAGGAUUCUGAUGGCAGUGUUGGGGAGUUCAGUGAAGGUCAGAGACCAAGGCUGACCAGAGUACAAGAGAGAAUCCUGAUGGGACCUUCCAUUUUUAUGGACCAUCCAGCUGCUCAGAGCUCUGGGAACAGACCACACCACGGGCUCCGUUCCGUAUCUCCAGGGCAGGUUGCCCAAAUUGGAGCAGAAAUUCUUGGAGAUGCAGAUACAAGUCCUAGUCCGAUGCUUUUGGCUGAACUGGAGUCACAGCCAGGUUCAGAUCCUGCUCUGCCAGCAGCCCAGCCAGGCUGCAGAGUGAGACCACUCCCAGAGGAUCUGUCCCAGGAGGAAAGCCAAGGAGCUGCACACGUUGAGACUGUGAGACCCCGAGUUAUCUUUGUGAGAAGGAAAUCUGAAGAGAUGCAACAAGAAGGAGAAGAUGCUGCCCCUCAUCUGAAUCCCCAUCUUCCUGCAGCAAAGGUGUCAGUGCAGCUGCCUGGCAAGAGCACAGCUAAUGAAACACAGAGUCUGAGCAGUGCACAUGGAGAUUCGGAUUCUUCAGGGGCAGACACAUUUUAAAGCUUACGGCUGUUUAUGACGGUCUCUGUCUGAAGAUGUUGUCAGUGGUACAUUUGUCUGUCUAAUGUGAUAGUCUGGGUGUUCCAUCAAAAGAACAGUCUUUCAGUACUGUUUAUUUUCAACUAUUUUUCUUAUAAUUUUGUUAUUAUUUUAAAUGAUUCUGUCUGCGAAUAUAUCAAUUAUUUUUAAGCAAAUAAAAUGCAGUUUUUUCAGAAUCAUUAUGAGUUGAAGUCAAUAAAGGCCUUUUAAAUAUU